AUGGCAAUUUCUAUUUGGGCAGUCUGGUAUAAUAGAAAUAGACUUUACCACGAAGGAAAAAAGGGAAGGGUACAAGAGGUUGUGGGUUUUAUUAGAGUUUAUUUACAAGAAUUAGAACAAGUUAACUCAUUAACAGAAACCAGAAUUAAUCCAAGAGAGGAAUUCUGGAAACCUCCCAAGGCAGAACAAGUUAAAGCCAAUUUCGACGCAGCUUUUUCACAACAAGGCAUGACAACAACAGCGGGAAUCAUUAUAAUAAACCAUGAAGGGCUUGUAAUGGGAGCAUGUACUUACCCUCUACGAAGAACAGGGGAUCCGACCACUAUAGAAGCGAAAGCGCGUCUUCAAGCCAUCAUAUUUGAGGAAGAAAUGGGCUUUCAAGAUUUGGUUGUAGAAGGUGAUGCUCUUACAGUCAUUAAAAAGCUUAAAUCAGACUUAGUGGAUAGAUCGAUGAUUGACAACAUUAUUAAUGAAAUCCAAAGAAAAAGAUUUAGUUUCAUUAACUUAUCGUUUGAUUUUACCCCUCGAAAGACAAAUGAAGCAGCGCACGCCCUUGCAACUCGAGGGUACAAUCUGACUAGCCCGUUCGAUUGGAUCGAAGAGGUACCGAUGGAGGUUAAACCCACCAUGGCCAAUGACCAAAGAAGUUUUUUGAAUCGGUAG